AUGUUAAUGAGAGCUGCAAGAAAGGAUACAAUGCUCUUUGACUGUGUAUGGAGGGGUCAAAUGCAAUCAGAUGGCGUUGGAACGAAUUGCGGUUCCAUCCAGACGACAGUGGUCGCACCAAAAGGUGUUUUUUCAAAGAAAGAAAUUUACUCGUUUAAAUAUUUUCGUCUGAACGAUAUCCACGACGAAUUGCGCUAUUGUGAUAAGUGA